UUUACUUUUGUUUGGAAGUUUUCCUAACAUUUCUAUAUGCCCUAACAAUUUACUCUAAAUAAUAGUAUUGAUUAACCAAUUUGAUGAAUUUGUUGUCGUUUUAUAAUUUAAAUGAUGGCGGUACGCAAAGGGGCUCCCAAAGUUAACAGCUUAGUCUUACAAGAUAAGCUGAUGUUUAUUGGAAGCCUCCGUAUGACUCAACUUAGGCUGUGACGUGAAAAAAAGUGCUUAUCUUCGUUUGCGUAUUUAUAUUUGUGUCCCAUAAGUAGUACUAUCUGCAUCUGGGAUGUUACGUGCGUGGAUACAGUGGCAGCUUGUUGCACAUCGCGGCAACAUCCAUGCGAACUGCAAGGCAGCGGCAGCGUAAGCCGAACGAGACAAGGUCACUAAGUACGUAUUACCAGGGAACCAUACAGCCACCAGUUCACCGCCCUGGCAUUCGAAACUAGGGGAUCCUUCGGGCCGGGAGCUAACGCCUGAUCGCGAAAAUGGGCAAGAAGAUGCGACAAAAAACCGGCAAGGCACGAGCAUCGGAAAUCUACGCCAGCGUAUCUGCACAGAAAUCCAGCCCGGGAAUGCGACCUCCGUUCGCGAACGGCUCCACCGGGAGCUAUAAUCUAGAUCUACAAUUUACAGCAGCUUGGAUGAAGCAAGCUACGUAAGUAGGGCACUCAGCUGACGAUUUACGAAUUAACCAACGAAUCGACACUGGCUUGAACAUGGCCAGCCAGGCACGAAGCCAGCCAUUAGGAGACAGCGAUUCAGAGGAUGGCCAGAUUUCCGAUGGCGACAUCGACGACGAUGGAUCUUCCCCUGUUACUCUGGGUGAUUCCACUAAUCCGACCGAGUCUGUUCCAAAAACUGUGCAGAAGCGUAAACGGGGAAAUGUGUGGAAAAACGCCGUGCUGGAAGAAGAUCUAACAUCGUCCCUAUCGAGGGUGACGACGGACGACAAGACGAGUAAACUCGCGUACAUGGAUCUGGAUGCUCCGUCGACUUCGGCGGACACGACAGGGGGCCCUGCUCGCAAGGGGCGCAAAGGACCAAAGGGUCGCCGACCAGGACAGCGCGGAUCUCGAUCCCAACAGACCAGCAGCGUUCAGUCAUGCGCAGAGGACGGCGUGUCCUCGACCAGUGGCGAAGUCGGCGCUGGGGAUCAGCCUAGCGUCGGCGGCGAGACGGAGAAGGGCGAGAAGCGCAAAAAUGUGCAGGUGCCCAGGGCUAAACGUCGCCCACCCAAAACGCACUUUUUCUCCUCAUAUCCCGAUAUGAAUUCUCCGAUUGAGGAUUUAGAUACGCUGGAUGUGGCCGCCCGCAAAGCUGUUCAUCAACUCAAGGAGAAAUUUAAUCCCUGGACAAUUACUCAGAUUGUGAGUCACUUGGGGAACGCGGAGGCCCGCACCUUACUUCAGCUGACAAAGACUAUCGAGGAGAACGGGGGCAUGUUGACGAAGGAUGGUGAAAAGCGUCGCACAGCAGGCGGUGUUUUCAUUACAAUGUUUAAAUCGAAACAUGAUGAAAAGUAUGGAAAGGACGCUUGGAAGACGAUUAUAGUUGAACCACCGGGUGGAUUGCCGAAGAAGAAAAAUGUUCAAGCUCGCCAACGGGCACUGAAGAGACGUGCGGAGCGGCGUGCCAAGGAAGCCGCCGAGAAAGGCAGCAGCAUUAAAGCGGAGAGUGAAUCGGCGGAUGAAAAUCCGGAUGAAACGAUGGAAAGUAAUGAAUCGAAGGAAGUGAAGGUAGAAAUGGAUGUUGUUACAGACAACGCUCAAGAUGUGAUUUCCACGAACUGAACUGCCCAGACUGGUCUCGUUUGUAGUUGGCACAGAUUUUUGAUAUUUGAUCGAAAUCUUUCGUUUUUUGUGAACGGCAAAACUUGCUUAAGCAGUUAAGCCACUUCAGUUCCCAUUAUUGAUCGUGUUUAUUGAUUGUAUUUUGUUUACAAAGCGUGUGUUUCAGUUUUCCGUAGCGACUUACAAAAUCGGGUAUGGAGAUGAAUGUUUUGUUUACUUAUCACAGAAUAAAACGAUCUAUCACAGUUG